AACACUGUAUAGGUACAGUCUACUUAGCUAUAUGUCAUUGUGGCUAAAUGGAGGUUUUGGUUGUUGUAUUGUAGUACUUUAAAAGCUAGUUCGAUUAAUGAUCAACGAAUUAAUGAAUUUUUACAUAUUAAAAAGUCACCGAAGGGACGCAUAAUACAUCAUAUGUUACUUACAAAGAUGAUAUGGGCGAAGUUGACACGUGGACACAGACGAAAGUAUACUUGCUGCAGUACAAUACAAUUCUAACGAAGUAAUUCAAGGAUUUGACAUAUCACCGUUUGAAAAUGUUAUGUGAACGUGCAAUAAAUGCGUGACUCAACAUGUCCAUGAAAAAAGAAUCACCUUGGGAUGUAGAAUUGCAUCUUGCAGCUGCGCAUGGAGAUGCAAAACGUCUGCAUAUUCUAUUAGAUUCUGGUAGAGUUCAUGUUGAUUGUAAAGACAAGGAUGGAACAACUCCUUUGAUACUUGCUGCUGCUGGAGGACAUUUAGAGGCUGUCACCGAAUUAUUACAGCAAGGAGCAGAUCCUAAUGCUAAAAGACUGACAGGGACCACAGCUCUCUUUUUUGCUGCCCAAGGUGGUUUUAUGGAUAUUGCUAAUUUGCUUUUAGAACAUGAAGCACUUGUUGAUUCUUGCAGUAUGGAUGGAGGUACACCAUUAUUUGUUGCUUGCCAAUAUGGUCAUUUAGAUGUGGUCGAAGGUCUUCUUGACAAAGGUGCCAAUCCAAAUGCACAUAUGAAAGAUGGAGCUAGUGCAUUAUUCAUUGCUGCACAAAAUGGUCAUGUACGUAUUUUGGAAGUUCUUCUGGAGCAUAAUACAAGAAUAGAUACUAUUAGAACAGAUGGUGCUACACCUUUGUGGAUCGCAGCACAGAUGGGUCAUGAUCACAUCGUCAGACAACUCUUGAAAGCCGGAGCAAACGUUGAUGCUACUAGACAUGAUGGCGCAACGCCUCUAUUUAAAGCAGCACAUAAAGGUCAUACGGCUGUUAUUGGAGAGUUACUCAAAUACCGUCCAUCACUUGGUAUUCUUCCAAAUGGUGAAAGUGCACUGCAUGCUGCAGCUUUAGCAGGACAUAUGACAGUUGUAAGACAACUGGUGGGAGCAGGAGCCGAUCCUUUACUUGUAAAUCAAGAAGGUGUAACACCACUUCAAUUAGCUGUUAGACACUCACAAACUCAAGUUGCCAAUUAUCUUAAAGACAAAAUAAGAACACGAACUGCAGCAUGUUAGAUUCCUGUUACUUUUAUUUUUAAAAAAGUAUCAAUUUUUAAAGAUAAUUUUACAAUCUAAAGAUACCAUACAAAUAAACAUAUGUGCAUGUAUACGCACAUUAACAUAAGGUAAAAUACUCCUUAUGUAUUUUAACGUUGAUCAAGUGCAAUUUUAAUAUCAUAUAAAAUCGUAAAUUUGCGUGAUACUAACAAGAUAUUUAGUAUAUAUAUAGUAAACAUUCAGUGAUUGUUCAGAAAUUCCAUUUUUAUUCCUGUUAAUGUCAGUAGCAUAAUAUAAUAUAGCAUAGUAAUAUAAUUUGAUGUUAUUGUUAACGAUUAAUAAGUUGCAACAAAUUAGUGCAUAUGCAGAAGAUAUAUUUGAUUUUCAAGAGCUAAUAUACAUUUAUUGUUGAAAGUUACAUAUUUAUUUUUUAUGUAUACACUUUGUUAUUUAUAUAGAGUAAUUGUUAAAGUAAACUUAUAAAGUUUCAGUGCUUAUUAGCAGUCUGAGAAAUGUAAGACUCCGAUAGUAUACGCGUGGUAAUGAUUCUCGUGAGAUUUAAGAUCGUUAAGACUGACUGAUUUGCCUUGAAACAUAUCACGUAGGGAUGAAACCUAUAAAUUGAUGAAAUAUAUGGCUUUCCACCGGCGGGAAAGUAAAUACUAUCUUAUCGUAAUAAUAUUUACAUAAAAAUGUAUUAUACUACAACGUCAAUGAAAAGACAAGACCAAGCAUAGAUGUCAUAAUGCCUUUCUAAUGUUAUUUUUAAACAUUAUUUCAUAAAUUCAAAAUAGAGCAAAUGAAUUUAUAUAUAUAUUUUUUUUUUAAUAAUAUACUCAAAAAUUCAAUUAGUAGUUUGGAAGAUCUAAAUUAUAAUAAAAUAAUUAAUAUGUCUGCAUUAAUAUUUAACAGCAAUACUUGAUAAAGUUCUGAUUUAUUAUAUCAUGUUACCUGCACUACCUUGACUGUCUUCCCAUUUUUUGAGAUAGUUUAAAGAUUAUACACACAUUGUUGUUGUUAAAUGAUAUAUAAUAAAAUGCAAUAAUAAAAUGCAAUGAAUGUCACUAUAACAGCACAGUAUUUUUUUACUAUCAUGUAUUAAUAUGUAUUAACUGAUUCUAUUUUCAAAUGUAAAAAGAGCUUCUUGUUUUAUAAUGUAGAAAUCUCAUAAUAAUAAUAAUAUAUUUAUUGUAACUCUUCUAUAAAGAAUAUAUACAAUUAUAAAAUAAAUAUA